UGGAAAUGGUUGAGAAUUUCUUGUAAUGACGAGUGAUGUAUGGUGUAUUUUGCUCACUGAUUCUCAUAAUUAAAGUAAAUUUCACUUGCCGAUGUAUAGAUACGCAAGCUACACGAAUAUUCGAGUAUUUGUCUUUACAUUCCUAUGCGAAUGUCUGUCGAAAAUUCGAAGUAUCGCAUCCCAUGGAUGGAAGUAUCUCCCGCGCACUAGUAUUUUGAAAAUCAUGUACUUUCUGAUAGAAAAUAUAUGUAAUCAAUUGAAAGUGUAAAUUAUUCUCCUGCAUAUUUGUUGUUUGUGUCGUAUAGAAGAAGAAAACAUACCUCGAGUCAUCUGGAAUGGAUAUCUUAUACUAUUUCAAUGACAGUUUUGAGUGUACAAUUAUGAAAGUAUUCUUGAAUGUUUAUUUAUAAAAAACAGUUUACUCAAUACUUUCUGAAUGUAUGUAUUUAAUGUGUUUAUAUAUAUACCUUGGAAGUUGCAGUGUUACAGAAGAAAUUUAGUAUUUUCAAGUACCAUGUCAGAGGCUAGCAGAGCCGUUACACCUAAGGCUUGUUGUUUUUGUGGACUGACAGAGGAUAAUGAAUUAGACUAUGGGAAAUUUCAUGAAAAUGGUGACAUUACUACGCACUAUUAUUGUUUGCUCCUAUCGUCCAAUAUGCACCAAAGAGGAAACGAUAAUGAUGGUAUUUUAGGAUUUCUAGUGGCAGAUAUACGUAUGGAACUUCGUAGAGGAAAAAGACUGGCAUGUACGUACUGUAAGAAAUUUGGUGCUACCUUGGGAUGUUGCAAUUUGAAGUGUAAGAGAGUCUUUCACUAUCCUUGUGGACUAAGGGCUGGAUCCCUGAAUCAGUUCUUUGGUGAAUUUAGGACAUUUUGUUCGAGGCACAGAUUAAAACAGAAAAUAGACAAACAGGUAUUACAGGAGUUAAUUAACAAUAAUAAAGCAAAUUGUUGUAUAUGUUAUGAGCACGUGGAUCCCUAUGAUAAAAUUGAUACAUUAUGGGCGCCUUGUUGUAAAAAGAACGCUUGGUUUCAUAGGAAAUGCGUUCAACAGCUUGCACUGAGCGCUGGAUAUUUUUUUAAGUGCCCUCUGUGUAAUGAUAAAAAGCUAUUUCAACAGGCAAUGUUAAAUUGUGGUAUUUUUAUUCCAAGCCAAGAUGCUUCAUGGGAACUCGUCCCGAAUGCAUUUGAAGAACUCCUGUAUAGGCAUGAUCAGUGUGAUGCUCCAACAUGUAUUUGUCCAAAGGGUAGAAAGCAUACAAGUUUGAACGCAAAAUGGGAGUUAGCUCUUUGUCGAACUUGUGGUUCACAAGGAGUUCACAUGGCUUGUGCACAGCUUAAAUGGGGCAAUCCAGUCUGGGAAUGUGACGAAUGUAAAUCCAUAUUAGGUAAAUUUAAUGGAAGUAGCAGUAGUGCAACGACGAGCGGAGAGAAUAGGAGAUUAAUGAGCGGACAGACCAUAGUAAUGCUGAAUGAUUCAGAUUCGGAAAGCGACAUUUCUGUUGGGAACGAGUCUCCUACGCAGUCUUCAAUACCUUCAAUCCUGCCUUCCUUACCACAAACGGUGAGUUUCAAGGAGCGGCCGGGACCUCGGACGUAUAAAUUAAGGCAACGACUCGAAGCAAAGAGAAGACUGCAACAAGCACGACUUGCAAGUCGUACAGCAUUUUCUGUAGAUGGAAGUGAACCUGGAAGUAGUAAAACGUUUUCAGUAGCGAAGUCAAGUUCACCGUUACAAAGCCAAGUUGAUGCUGUUAGUACAGAUGAUGAUAGUGACAUUAUUGAGGUUCCUAAGUGCAGUUCAUUCGUUAAUACAUCAAUGACUUUGAAGGACAGGACACUUAUGACGGACAGCAAUUUAUCUUUACCUAGUAUAGUUGAACUUACUGAGAGCAGUAUGUCGAAUGAUUCAUCGAUCGAUGCAUUAAAAAUUGAGACUGUCGACUUAGGGGAACUGAGUUCACAGGAGGUACUAAGUGAUAACGAUUCAUUAGUGCCGAUGCCAAAUAUUAAAAUUACGAAUAUAAUUUCAUUGGCACCUGAUGAGUUUGAAAAGACAACAACCUUUGAACAAGAAUUGCAAGAAAAUGAUGCCAACACAUCAUCACAAUUAAUUACUACCCCACUAAUGCAAUGUACUACCCCAAUAAUGUCACCGUCCCAAGAUGAUUGCACAGAAUCAAAUACCAAAAGAAAACUUAAUGAUACUACGUCCAGAACGACUACGACGCAACAAGCAAUUGGAUGUACAAACGAGUUUAAGAAAAUGAAAUUAAAUACAACCAACACUAUCGUAUUGAAAGAAAUAGAAUAUGUACCUGUGUAUGUACCUCUGAAUACAAUUGAAUACGCAUCAGAUGAAAAUGAUUUACAAUCGAAUUCGGGCAUUAAUCUGAAUGCAUCGAAUGAGAUAUUAAUUAAUAAGACUGAUACACUGCCUUAUAAUAAUUCUGAAAAUUGUGACGGGGAUGCAGGCACAAGUCCUGCUAGUGGAACAGGAAACAGACGCAAUGUGGAUCACAGAAGAAAUAAUCGUAACAAACGAACAGCUAGGAAGGGUUUCAGAAUGUCAAGUUCAAAAAGAAACAGACAUCAAUGGAAAUGUGAAAACGAUACGAACGUGGUCAUUGGAAAACGUAGGAGAGUACGCGAUAAAUACGAAUGUUGGCGACGAGAAUGUCGAAGCGAAGAUUGUGAUCACUCUCGAUUAAUGCCAGACUACAUACGUUUACGUGAUCUUAAAUUUCGCAUACAGGAUACGAAUAAUUUACAGAUGAUUUUAUUUAAUGAGUUUUUGGUAAAUAUUAAGAUGAAUCAUCCAGCGACUACGUCCAAUAACUCAAUAAAAAACAAUGAACAAAAUAAAAUAAAGGAUGAAACUCUUCCGUCGGGAAAUAUCUUACAAGAUGUUUCGCCUUGCCAUAAAGAUAAUACUAAAACUGUGAUUAUCAAUGAAGAUUAUCAAGAUGAUACGAAGGAAAAUAUGGAUCCAAUAACAAUUCCUUAUAAAAAUGUAGCGGACACGAAUUUAUUAAAGAAUGCUACAUUAAUUACAAAUAACGUUACUGUCAUUAACAGUCAAAGUGAGAACGAAAAUUUGAAGCAGUCUGCAUCUAGUUUAAUUAAUGAUGAUGAAGAUCACACUAAUGAAAAUAGUUUAGUUGACACUACAGAAAACGGUGUGAAAGGCUUGAGUAAUAAAUGUACUAAAAUUCAUUUUUUGCCAAGAUCAGUUCGGCGUACAUUGUUUCAAGAGACUCCUGCAAAGGAGAAGUCCAAAAAUAAAAUUGAUGUGAAAGUAAGCAUUGAUUUACAAAAGAUACAACCUUUUGUGGAUAGUAAUCCAGAUUUGUUCUCAAAACGUAGAAAAGAGGCUAAUGAACAGACUAAUGAGCAAGGCGGCUUUUUGAAAGAACGAAAUAAUAUUAAACAGUUUGCUCAUUCAUCAGGCCAUAAUUCAGUCGCGGAUAAAUCAAACCGUUUUGGAAGUUUUACUUUACGCUUGCCGAAAUAUAAAACAAUAGAAACUGAAACCGUGAAAAGUAUUGAGGAGAGUACAGUACGUACCACGAGACGUACUAGUAAUUCCUCCAAGAGUUAAAAAAGAUAAGAAUUACUAUAAAAAUAAUAGACUCUUAGAUAGACGUUUUUAUAUAAAUAUGUACAUAGAGCAUGACUGUAUUUUAUAACGGAAAAAUACUCGUAAACGAAUAUGUACAUUUGAAAGCUUUAGCAAUUUUAUAAAAAAAAGGAAUAGAAUUUCAAUGACAAGUAAGGAAUGUGUUAGUUGAAAAUGUAAUGUAAAAUAAAAUAAUAUGAACUUUU